UCUCCAACACACCCGAAAAAAAAAUAAAAAAAAAAGCUCUUCGGAAUCGUCAAUGGAAGACUCUCACUCUCAGCAGCAGCAGCUGCACUCUACUUCCGAGCAACAACUCAGAGAUGGAACAAACUCCUCCGGAGGCUUCCGUCACAACGCCGCUGGAUCGAACGGCGGUGCUAAGUACAAGCUCAUGACUCCUGCUAUGCUUCCGAUCUCUAGGUCCGCCUGUAUCACCAUACCUCCCGGUCUCAGUCCUUCCUCCUUCCUCGAAUCUCCUGUUCUCCUUUCUAACAUCAAAGCUGAGCCAUCUCCGACUACAGGUUCCUUCUCCAAAUUUCAAACAGUGCAAGGCUCUGGUGGGGCUGCUGCAUUCUUAUUGACAAGAGGUUAUGCUAGUGGCAAUACAUACACUGAAAGAAAAGCAAGCUGCUUUGAAUACAAAUAUGCCGGUGGAUCUAGUUCUACAUCAGGAUCAUUAGCAACUGAACAUGUGAUUUCUACAGGUCUCAACCAACAACACAAUGAGCCAUUGGAAGAAGUUCAAGAUCAAUGUUAUCCUCAAUUGUUAGUACCUUCAUCUCUAGCUAAACACGAGAUGGAAACAUCAAAAGAACUGAGUUUAUCUGCACCUAUUAAUGUUGAUGCUUCAUCAAAAGAAGAGAGUCUAUAUGAACCUAUUAACGUUGAUGCCAUGAAUCCGAGAGGUCAAUCUAGUGCAAGCAUGCAAGGAUCACAUGCAGAUCAUAAAGAUGUAUUAUCCGUAACAUCUGAAAGAUCAUCAGAUGAUGGGUAUAACUGGCGAAAGUAUGGCCAGAAACUUGUUAAAGGAAGUGAAUUUCCGAGAAGCUAUUACAAAUGUACAUAUCCAAACUGCGAAGUGAAAAAGAUAUUUGAGCGGUCACCUGAAGGACAAAUAACAGAGAUUGUUUAUAAAGGUUCUCAUGAUCAUCCUAAACCCCAACUGAGCCGCCGAUUUUCUCCUGGUGCUCUCAUGUCUGUUCAAGAAGAUAAAUGUGAGAAAGAAGUGUGUUUCAGGGGUCAAGAAGUCUAUGUAGAAGACAAGUUCAACACCAAUGUCCAAACUAGUAAAACUGAGCCUAGUAGUACUCCCGUAUCACCUCAGCAAGCGGACACUGAUGGUCUUGAAGGAGCAGGGUCACAGAUGCAUGGCACUAAUGAUGAUAUGGAUGAGGAUGAUCAAUUUGCGAAAAGAAGGAAAAUGGAUGGUGGGAUGGAUAUAACACCAGUGAUUAAGCCUAUCCGUGAACCACGCGUUGUUGUUCAAACAGUCAGUGAAGUUGAUAUAUUGGAUGAUGGGUACAAGUGGCGCAAAUAUGGACAGAAGGUGGUCCGAGGCAAUCCUAAUCCUAGGAGCUAUUACAAGUGCACCAAUGCUGGAUGCCCUGUCAGGAAACAUGUGGAGAGGGCUUCUCAUGAUCCAAAAGCUGUUAUCACCACAUAUGAAGGAAAACAUAACCACGAUGUACCCGCUGCAAAAAAUAAUAACCAUGAAAUGACAGGAUCCUCGCCUGUAACCGGCAGUUCAAGGAUCAGGGCAGGAGAGACCAACUCACUUAGUCUGGAUCUAGGCGUUAGUACUGGAUAUCGUCUUGAUAAUGGGAACAACGGGCAACUUCACACCCUCCAUCACCAAGUUCAAGUUUCACGUUCUGGUAUGAUGCUAGUACAGCCAGCUGCAGUUGCAGCGCGCUAUGGUAUUGUACAUGGUGGUAUGAGCCGAUUUGGAGCUAUAGAUAAUCGUGUUCAAGGACCUAGUUUUGAAACUUUGCCUUUACAACCUUCUACUCAGUCUCUCCAAAACUAUGGAAAGAUACUUCUUGGCCCGUGAAUCGUAUCUACCAUCAACUAUAAGAGCUUAACAAUAAGAAGCCACCAUCUAUAUUUUUUCCUGCAUCUUGGUGGAUUACAAAGAUAUCUCUAGUUGAAGUAUAAAUACUUCUAGGACUCGUCGCGUGAUGCUGUAUAAUACACCUUCACCUAGUGUUCUUUGUGUACAUAUACCUAGAGUAUAUUAGGAAAUGGAUGACGGAGCAAAUGUCGAUCUCCAACAUCUUUCUCCCAUGAAUACAGAUCAAUGACAUUUUCUAGGAAUUAUGAUGAACUUUUCAAUGUUAUCAUAUUUUCUGUAAUUAUGAUGAGUGAACUUGCCUAA